AUGGCUUCUCGUCCCCAAGGAGAAGCUCUCGAUGAUGUCGAGCACAACCCUCACGCUUCCUCCAACAGAUGGCGUCAUCAAGAGAGCUCGGCUUUCGCGCGUCAUGCCGUCGCCGCCCACGCUCAGCCCCGCGAUCCCCAAGAACGAGGAACCACGAACGAUCUGGCCAGCUUCCUGAACCGCGACCGUGUCGAGCCCGAGAACCCCAAUGCUGCUCCCAAUUUCAAACCCAUUAUGAUCGCCGCCGGUGAGGCUGCUGGCCAGGAGGAGCCGCGCUCGAACCCGACUCACGCCAACGAGCAGGAACCCCCUGACGGCAGGGAGAUCAUCUGCGGCCCGCUACUCAACUACCGCAGGAUGGACGGCGACCGUUGGUACGGGAGUGUCUUGAUUGUCGCCAAGGGCGGCGGUAAGACGCAGAGUUUCGCUCCUCACCUGGUUCUACGCCCUGCCGACACGGUCAAUGGCCGGCAGGCUCAUGCUGAGACGAAUGGAGUGGAUGGCACCAACGGCGCCGUCAAUGCCUCCGACUCCGGCGCAGCAACCGGCAGCAACACGAAUGACGCGGAAAUUCAGGGGCAAUGCCUCUACUCCGACCCGCGCAAUACCUUCUGGGCCUUCGACAUAUCUCUUGUUCUCAGUCAAGCCGAGGCGAAGUGGGAGUACUUGAUUCCGGAUAUGCGACAGUCCGCCACCAUCCGACCCGACCGCUAUCACUUCUUCGUCCCCCCCAUCCACGAGUCGAUGCGCAUCAUGUUCCAUUCUUGCAACGGAUUCAGUGUGGGUACGGACGAAGACGCCUGGAGUGGUCCCGCCCUGUGGAACGAUGUCAACAGGCACCACAAAGAACGGCCAUUUCAUGUCAUGCUCGGAGGAGGUGAUCAGAUCUACAACGACGGCAUUCGAGUCGACGGGCCCCUGCGUGAAUGGACCGAGAUCUCGAACCCCAAGAAGCGCAAACACUUCCCCUUUCCGGAGAAGCUUCGCCAGGCUUGCGACGACUACUACUUGAAGAACUACAUUCGCUGGUACUCAACGGAGCCCUUCGCGACUGCCAAUGCCCAGAUCCCCCAGCUCAACAUAUGGGAUGACCACGAUAUCAUCGACGGGUUCGGUUCUUACGUCGACGACUUCAUGCGAUGCGACGUGUUCAGGGGCAUUGGUGGAACUGCUCACAAGUACUACAUGCUGUUCCAGCACCACCUUCCCCCGCCAGCGUCUACCUAUACCUCGGACCAUACCACGACAUCCGAGGGCCAAGGUCUCGACCCCAAUCAGCUCAUGGACAGCUAUGUUGCCCCUGCCAAAUCAGACCCCAGUUACAUUGUUGGAAAGCAGCCCGGCCCCUAUGUGGCUGAGCACUCGCAUAACAUGUUCGCCCGAUUGGGAGCGCGUAUUGCCUUCCUCGGUAUUGACGCUCGAACCGAGCGUACGCGCCACCAAAUCAACUAUCCAGAGACGUACGACUUGAUCUUUGGCCGCCUGAGGCAGGAGCUGAAGUCGGCUGCCGAAUCGGGGCGCCCGUUCAAGCACUUGAUUCUCCUGCUGGGAAUCCCGAUAGCAUACCCUCGCUUGACCUGGCUCGAGAAUGUUUUCAGGAGCCCUAUCAUGGGCCCCGUGAAGUUCUUGAACCGCAGAUUCGGCUUCGCUGGUGGUGUCUUUAACCACUUCGACGGCAGCAUCGACUUGCUCGAUGAUCUCGACGACCACUACACGGCCAGGACCCAUAAAAAGGAGCGCAACGCUCUCGUCGAGAGGCUGCAGGCCAUUUCGUCCGAGUUCUCGGUCCGCAUAACCAUUUUGGGUGGUGAUGUGCACUUGGCGGCCAUGGGCCGCUUCUACUCCAACCCUCGCCUCAAGAUUGCCACAGAGAACGACCACCGCUACAUGGCCAAUGUGGUCUCUUCGGCCAUCACCAAUAAGCCGCCGCCAGCGGCUAUUGCGAACCUGCUGGCCAGGCGGAACAAGAUCCACCAUCUGAACCACGACACUGACGAGACCCUGCUCAAGUUCUUCGACAAGGACCCGGGUGACUCGAGCAAGACGUCGGGCUCCAACCAUGUAACGAUGCCCAGUCGCAACUUUGCCAUAUUGACUGAAAACUCGCCCAACCAGGGACUUGCGGCGCCUACCAGCGGCGAUACGCGAUCUGUGAUUUCGGGCAAGGGCGGGCAUGAUUUCCUACACAAUGGCGAGGUCGAGUCCGGCUCAAAGCAUAAGGCUGCCGGGAAACAGCACGGUACCGGCAAUGACGGCAGCUUGGACAUCUGCAUCCGUGUCGAGAUCGAUCAAUCCAACCGCGAAGGUAUCACUGAGGGCUACGGUGUCACUGUGCCUCAACUCAUAUACCAGAGUCAGCCUGAGCCGGUCGAGGCAUUCCCUGAGCAGGAGCGCCCCAAUGGGCACGGAGAAUAG